AGAACAAGAAAAAAAAAACCUGCGCCAACGUGCUACGAGCUUUUCAAAAAGCGACUCGGCUUUCUCCGAGCAUGACAUUAACUCUAGUGACCACGAAAACCAGGCGCGAUGUAAUAGACCUGACCGCCGAUGACGAGCCGGAAACGGUACCAAGCAAACUGCUUCUAGCUGCGCGCGUCGAUAAUACUGCAGUGCCGCCGCCGCCGGCCAAGAGGGUCAAGUACGAUCACCACAGCCCGCAGCAGCAACGCCAUCACCCCAGGCUCAGAUCGCCCGCAACUCCGCCGUUGCACCGGGAAGCGACCCAUCAUCGCCACAAGGGUGUCCAGAAACAUCUGCCAGUCGCGAAUGUGACCGGACGGCCCGAACGCGUGCCCGAAACGCGUCCAACAAGGCCAACUACCAGACCUUUAUCUCCCGCUCAACAUGCAGCAGCCUCGUCGGUCAGAAUCGGCGCGAGGCAAUUACAAGCUGCGCCUGCACCUGCACCAUCACCACAACCACCACUACCUCCACUACCUCCACCACAAGAUGUAUCAGAAUUUGGAAAUAUACGAGAACAAAGGGCGGUGGAACGUACAUCCCACGACAAGUCAAAGAUACGAUGGGAGCCAAAUUCGAGGCCAUAUCUGUACCAGAGAUCGCGAAAAAAGCUGAGAUACUUUGGCAACAAGCCUCGCCGAAUGGACUGCAAAGAUGGCAGCGUGGUCCACGUCGACUUUACAGCUGCCGAGUUUAACAUGGUACUCAGUGUCCUGGCGCGCGAUCUAGCCCCAGACUCUGAGGCGGCCAGGGAUCGUGUUAUUGACAAGGCCAUGCUAAAGGAUCUGGCUAGGAGAGGUCUUCUGGAUAGGGUCCGGCUCAAGGAUCUCGCCACACUGCAGAUGCCAGGCAGGGCUAAAGAGGAUAUCAUAUCCUUCGUCAAGGACAUAGCCAAAGGCACUGUUGGGACAGGUCAAGUGCUCGUCUUGAGGCACCAAGAUGGCGGCGGCCGCAGGGACGAAGACCGUAACGCGGACUUUUUUCGCUUGCUUGCCACAAGGCAAACGCUCGGCAGCAACCACGACGCAUUCGUUCUGGGUGACAGAUACGUGGAUAUCCGCUGUGGACUCAGCAAUGCAGUCGACGAUGAGCUGAGCCUGCGAAGACAGUGGCAUGGCGCUGCUGGAGACGUUAUGACUGUGUCAUGGACUUCAGACAAUGCCUUUAUCGCAGGGGCGACGACACAUAGCGACCCCUGGAAUCAACAAUAUAAUAAAAAGGGCAACCUCUUGCUGGGCUCAGUCCCGAACAAGACCAUCCGAAUGUUCCCAGACCAUCGAAUCCCGAGGCCCAUUGUUGAUCAGGGUGAAAAUGCGACUGAUGAAAUGGUUCGAAGUCAAUCACCCUGGCUAUAUACUUCGGUGGUGUUUUCAGCAUAUGAUGACGGCAUUGCAUAUACCUGCGGCUUCGACAAUACGACCAAAGUUUGGACCGUACAAGACGACGGCACGUCUAUGAAGCUUAUGGGAACAUGGCAUCAUGCGGGGAAGGUCAACUAUGUAGUGCCUUCGCAACACCGAGAGGCUGAUCAGUCUUUCAGGAUGGUUGCGACGGCCGCGGAUGUAUCUCCAGAUGCUGUCCGCGUAUAUCGGAUCAACAAAGGCGAUACCAACAUCUCGGACUGCCAAUACCGGACCUUUUCGGCCAGCCGCACCACCGGUGAAGGUAGCGACAAAUGGGCGUAUUUCCCAGCAACGAUGGCAUGGGGCCGGACACCCGGCCUGACGGCCCAUCUACUUCUCGUUGGUUAUUCCCCCCGAAGCCUUAGCGAUAACGACAACGACAUUCCCGAGGACAAGCGCAACUCGGGUGAGCUACGUCUUUGGGACGGCAACACGGGCGAGGCUUGGAGAGUGUCUACGGCGUCCAUGUGCAACGUCUUUGAGGUCGCAUGGCAUCCUAAUAAAAAGGUUUUCGCAGCUGCCGUGUCGCCGUCGGGUGAAAGGGGAGACGAGACAAAAACCCAAAUCCGUCUGUACUCGUCGUACAAAGUUGGCGAGGUUGCGAACAAGGUCUAUUCCGAAUUCAAGUGUCUCGACUGCGUGGCAGCGGGGAUCAACUAUGGUCUAACUAUUAUGCCAUAUGGACCUAGGACAUCCUAUGUGGCGGCGGGUUGUACAGAUGGCAAUACAUACGUCUGGGAUACGGAAGCGCCUGAGAGCACGCCAUUUCGAGUUCUCAGCCAUGGACAGCCAAUUCUCGACCCGAUCGACGACCUCGGAACCGAAGAUGUUGGAGUGCAGUUUAUCGCCUGGGGCAAAUCCCUUGAGCGGCUAUACACUGGCUCAACAGACGGCAGCGUCAAAGUAUGGAAUGUCCGCGCCGAGGGUAAUCCUUUGGUGAGGGUACUUUUAAAAUGCAAGCGGGCUGUCACGUCAGGCGCCUUUUCCCCUGACAAAUCAAAGCUCGUUAUCGGCGAUGCGAGCGGUGCCGUUUAUUUGUUAACGACUCAUGAUGAUGCCGAAGAUGAAUGGGGUGGCGAGGAGGAGACACCACAAGAAGAUGACCAAGUGGAGAGGGUCAUUCGGAUGCGAUGUGACGACGGGAGGAUCAUCACACGACGCUUGCCCAAUGUUGUGAAUCCGCACCCGGAUCCUCCGGAUCCAACGCACGAUGCAGCCGGUAAUAUUCUUGCGCGGGAAGACCGCGUCCACCCGGGGAAGAUGUUUCUGGAUCGGCAGCAGCUCGUGCUUCACAAGAAUCGUCUUGUCGGCGCGGUCCAGGGUCCGCGGUACGCCGAGACGGGGCUUUACCUCUUGGAUUUCCACAUGGAUAAGACCGAUGGGCAAUCUCCUCUACUUGCUAUCUACGAAAGGGAGCAGCAGGAGAGCAAGUGUCAGUAUUCUAAGAUGACAGUUGUACGAGCAAGAUCGCGGCCGGGUAUGGUCCGGCGGGCGGAUGAUGCCCGGGACCGAGUCGCUGAGCUGCAUCGGCAGAAUGUCGCCAGGAGCUUCGACAUAAGGAGUUUGGACCGUGAUACCCGUCGAGCGCUCGAGGCAGAGGGUGCUGAGCUGAAUCCGGACCUGCUUGAGCUUGACGACGACAGCGAUGAGAGUGAAGACGAUGCUCAGACUAUCGAUGAUAUUAUAAUUUUGAGUGAUUAGGGGGCUGGAGGGUCUAUCCUGAGAGGAACGCCGCUUGCCAUCCUGAGAUGGGGGCGCUGGAGCCUUCAUAUCCUGGGACCAACGACUCCCUGCUUUCUUACGUUAUUAAAAAUGCAGCGCUCAUGAUGAGAUGACAAGAUUACAUGCCUUAGCAAGCCAUGAAGACAAUAUUGUUAAUAUAGACCAAUAAUGGUAACAUAAACAUGAAGUGAAUGACAUUUAAAGUCGAUCAGGGAAUCACGUUAGGGGGGUGCAGAAAUCAAUGAUCCUUUGAAUCUGAAAAUUAAGAAAGAAAAAAAAAAAAGAAAGAAAAAAACGCGUUUCGUUGGAUUUAAACAGCUCAAAAGCC